AGUCACCACCCACCCGAACCCAAGCCACCCCACCUCCGUUCUUCCAAGCUGCUGGAAAAGAAGUCGAAACGCUUCAGUCGAGGACGCCGAGUCGAGUUGGAAAGUAGUGUUUGACUUUGCAGUCUAUUAUUUUUGGAAAAAAACAUUUUUUCUUUUCUUCUCCUCUCCAACGUCUACAUAUAUUUUUUCGAAAGAAGAAACGCCUUUAGGCUCCAGCCAAUUCCAAAUUCAUAAAAAGAAGAAGAUUUUUUUCGACUGGAAAAAAGCCUUGAGGACAAGAGAAGAAAAAAGGAGAACGAGUUUUUGUUAUCUUGAACCAAGAGGAAUUCGAGUUGGAGAAGAAUAAAGUUCUUUUCUAUUGUAGCAACGCACACACACAGUCGGUUGGCCAAAGUAGUGUGUGUUUUAAACUUUGGUUUUGGAGGAAAAUUGUGUUGGGCGCGGGAUAUCAACUCUUGUGCUGCUGCUGGAAGAAGGUCUCUGGUGUGCGAAAAGUUUUUGUUUCUUCGUCCCACCCAAAGAACAAAGAAAAAUGACGCGAUUGAGUUUCAUCGGCCUCUUCCUAUUGAUCGGUGUCGCGAUUUGCCAGGUGACGAUCGAGCCGCAGAACAUCGUCGUCCGACAGGAUCAAGUGACGAGGCUCAUGUGCAAGACACGCACGCCCAUCAAGAGCUGCUUGUGGGAGAUUAACGGAGAUCUUUACAAUUUGGCCGAGGGCAGCCCUUACGAGCCGUUGGGAGUCCUCGAAGACGGAGAAUGCGGCAUUCAGGCCAGAAUUACGGAUAUGGAAAACGGAGUGUGGGCAUGCCGAGUGUUCCUCAGCGGAACGAGCAGAUCGCCAGCCGAACGGGCCAGCACCAACGUCACCGUUUUGGCUUUGCCGCAGAUUUCCCUGAGGCCCAGAGACGAUCCCAUCACUGUCAUCGCCGGCGAGAACGCUCAAAUCGAUUGCAUGGUGGCCGACGCCCGUCCCGCUCCUGCCAUCACUUGGGUGUUGGGUGAUCGCGAUUUGGACUUCACCAAUACCCAGACGGUUAUGGAACCGAGACCGGCUAGCGGAGACUCCAAGGUGAGUAUCACCAGCAAAUUGAACUACGCCUUCCAGGCCGUCGACCACGGCAAGUUACUCCGUUGCGUCACCAAUGGCCCGUGGCUGUCGAUGGACGAUCCUCGCGAGACUUUUGCCCAAUUGAACGUCAUCUUUCCUCCUCAACCCAAAGGUGAGAUGACUCUCUACGAUUUCGUGCUCGGCCAGCCAGGUGACAUCACCGUCAACUUUACCGCCAACCCCCGCCCGUCCAGCGUCGCCUGGAAGCUCGACAGUGAGACCGAGUUGGCUGUUGAACCCUUUACCGGUCGUUCCAGCGAUCCUCGUGUCGAAGUCUUUGAGCUCAAGAGCCUGAACGCCACAUCCUUCGAGGCCCGUCUGCGGAUCAAGACUUUGGGCGAGGCGGACGCGCGUCGCAUUUUCCGUCUGAUUGUGGAGUCGUCGAUGAUGAACGGCGAGGCCAUCUCACAAGAGUACACGGUGCGCCUGUCAACAUCACCAGCACCGGCGCAAUGUAACCCGAAUCAAAUUGAGAACUGUUCGAAUCAAGCCAACCAACGGACCGUUGAUUCUCGUUCUGAUUUAGCCGGCGGAGUCAGUGGCGCCGGAGUUGCUGCCAUUGUUAUCGUCAUCGUGGCCAUCCUAGUCGUCACGGCCGUCGUCCUCUACGCCCGCAACACCGGCCGGUGGUGCUUCGCUGGUGGACGUCGGACCGUAGGCGAGGGCGAGUCACAGGCGCGCAUCGACGAGGAGAACCCCGGCGAGAUCGUCAAGGAGAAGGAAGGCAAAGAAGGGCCGCUCAAGGGAAGCAACGAGAACCUGAACCUCCAGCUGGCCGGGCCCGACGGGGCCGAAAACGGCAACGGACAACUCCCGGCCUCGUCGCCCAUCAAAGAGUCUCAACAGCAGACCAACGGUGGCACCACGCCCGAUGGCAAAGAUACCGCCGUCUGAGAGCUCCACACACACACAGAGAGAAAAUUAAACUAAAAAAAAACAAAACUAAUUCUAGAAAAGAACACAAGAAAUUCCAUAGAAAAUUUGAAGACCAAAAAAAAAUAUUUGACACUCGAACAAGAGAACGAAAAAAUAUCACAGAACACGCAAACAUAAAAAUGUGGGGGAGAGAGAGAGAAAGAAAAUAAUUAGUAGUAUCGCUCAUUUAUUUUUCAAUGUUUUUUAACUCUCGAUUUGAUUUUCUCUCUCGAAUCAACGUAAAGGGGAAAUUUCGAUCGCUGACAAAUUCUCAAAAUAUUUCAAAACAAUUUUCGACAUUUCACAAAAAUUUCAAAAUUUCAUCUCUUUAAUUUUUUACUUUGGGCUACGCUUCCAAGUAUUGACCAAAAAGUCUCGUCAGACGAGAUUUUUGUUUUUAUUUUAGAAUUCUUUUUUUUUUUUUUCGGGGUUGGUUUUCACGUUCAUUCGUUCGUUCGUUCAUUUUUCAUUUUUACGGAUUGAAUCAUCUUCCAUUUUUUAGCGGAUUCCAUUUUCUCAUCUAUCCCCUUCCUCCGGAAAUUUAAAAACUAAAAGAAUAUCCAAACUGUGUUACAUAUUCAAAAAAGAAAAGACGAGAGAGAAAAGAGAAAAAAAAAUGUUUGUUACGUCGCUGCUCUGCGUAUGUGUACUCUGUAUGUAUGCCCCCCCGUGUGCUGCUGCCGCUGCUGCUGUGUAUAAUUUGGCGCGUUAAGUUUUUUCGCCGGAAGGGGUCGGACGUCGUUAGCCGAUUUUUUCUUUCUUGUAAUCUGAUCAACUUUUUCUCCCGUUUGGUUUUUUAUAUUGCGAAACGAGAGAAAAAGAAAAACAAAACGAUUCCGCCCCUUUUUAUUUUUUUUAUUAUCGCUCCAUAUUCUUCUUUAAGUCUCUCUCUCUCUAUUGGUAGUUUAGUAGGAGUAGUAGUUCUUAAGUAGUCUAUAAAUCAUUCUCUAUUUUUUAUUUUUAUUUUUACUGAGUCAAGGUCUCUCUUUCUCCAUUUAUUUUUUCGUUUCGAUUUUCUCCAAAAAGGUUUAUUCUUUCUCUCUUUAAAUUGAGUGAGGUUUAACCGUAAAAUAUUCCAUUCCAUUCUCUCAGCUUUUUAUUUUGUUAUUCAAAACACUGACCUCCCCCAGAACAGUUUUCUGUGGGUUUGUAAGAUUUUUUUCAAAGUAAUUCAAACAUGAACCAACAUCACACAACA